UGAAGUGUCUCCUUUCUCCAGAUGUGUCCAACAGUGGAAGAGAGGUGGACUCUAUGAAAACCAGGAAAAACUCUGAUGGACAGUCAGUAACAUCAGAAGAACAAAGACAGAAAUUGAUGACUGAGAACAGACAGAACAGCAGCCGAAGAAGUCGCAGAAAAGCUGCAAGGAUGGCUCGAGUCAGGGACCUCUUUGCUCAAAGAGAUGGAGGAGCAAGUGUCACUGAACCAGAUGAGUCACCUCAAGAAAUAAAACAGACAGCUCAAAAAGAAACCCCAGAGGAAAAACACAUAGGUGUGCAGUCAUUUUCUGAUGGGAACAGCAAUACAGAAGAGUCUCAGUUUGUUUCUGAAUCUCUGGAAAUGUGCAGCAAGCCUCUCCUCAAUGUUUUACAUGAUACGUCACCAGCACAUGACAGCACGUCUAACACUGAGUCAGAGAAACCUGACAGCAUCACUGUGGCUGACUCAGCCGCAUUUGAAGGAGGUGAGAGUGUCACUGAUAUCCCAGACAGCCCAUUGUAUUCAACUGAUGAGUCUGGUCCUGCAGAACAGCAAAAUGUCAAUGACUUUAUCAUCAAAGCUGAGGAAAGCUGUCAGAAUCAAUACACAAGUUCUCAAUCUACCAGCAACACAGCAGCAGUGAGCAGUGAAAGCCUCGUUAGCCAGACCUACAGCUUCACAUUUGGAACUGUGGUUGCUCCGCUGUAUCAUCAGGUGUUUGGCAGAGCAGGAAGUGAAAGUCAGAGCACAGGUGAUGGGGGAAAUCCUAUACGGGAUACUCUGAAUACUGCAGACCUAAAUGCGCACACCAAAAUAAGACAGAUUAGCUGUAUUGAUUCAACAGAUGCUACAAGUAAAGAUGACAAAGUUCAAGUAAAUUUGAUAAAUAAUCAGGAAUCCAACCAUGAAUGCUUAAAUGCAAUGCUAAUUUGUCCUCCUACUGAAGAACAAGACAUGAGUUUGAAGCUGUCAACAAAUGAAGUCCUGGACUGUGCAGAAACUACACAGGAUCCAGCUGGAAUAGAAAAUUCAGAACACAGUACAAAUGCCUCUAAAACUCCAACACCUCUUUUAGGAGACACAUUAGGACAUCCUGAAACUGUAAACAUGUUAAAUAGAGAUUUGUUGAAUCCACAAAUACACUCUGAGAGUUUAUAUCUCCAGGGAGAAGAACAGGAAGACAAACUAACCCCUGACCUCCAAAGCCAAACCACAGAAGAAACACCACAGAGUCAGCUGCCAGAGCCCACAUGUAAACAAAUUGAAAUUUAUCUCGCUGAAACACUUGCACAAAGUGAAACACAAGAAGUGAAGAUCAGUCUGCAGUCAUCGUUUAAAGCACUUCAACCUUCUCAGAGUGAGCGUGCUGUUAAAGAGACAGAGCAGCAGACCAGCAGAAGAGGAGAGGAGGAGAGUGUGGAGCUAAACAAUGACCACAACAAUGGUACAACUGAGGCUACACCAAAAACCAACACAUCUCCAAAGGAGGAAAAACUGUUAGAAGUGUUACAUGAUGUGAAUUUGAACCACAUUGAUAAUUCAGUUACAGAAAAACCUGAGGAUAGUGUUGAAAUUUGCUGUGAACUUGAGAAAAGGGAUUUCACAACACCGGAAACAUCUCUGGAAACUCGGGAUAAAACUAAUAACAUGGAAAAAGCUAAUAAAGUGACGUACAACUCACAUAAAGGUGAAACAGAGCUGCCCACUGACAUUAAGGUAGUUGGUGAGGUAGCUGAAUCCAUGACAAAAACAACGAUAAAUGAGUAUGACAGAUGUGGUGACAUGAUGGUGGGGCUCAAAGAUGAAGAAUCUUUGGAAGACAGAGAGCAUUGUGAAACAGAAGCUGCUGUUCCAAAACAGGAUGUGAGCUCUUGUUUGACAGACAUUACUGAGGCCAAAAACUGGGAAAUGAUGGUUGAAGAGGAGGAAAAUAGCAUAUUAACAAAUCAGGAGGAGUAUGAGUCAAUUAAUUUAAAAACAGGCACUGAAGUAAUCGAGAGAGACACUACAGAGCAGAAAAAAGAGGAAUUUACAGAGGAAAUCAUAGCUGCAGGAGUACAGAAGGACAAAGCUGAUAAUGCCGUGAGGUUAGAGGACAAGGAAUGGAUGAGAAAGGAAGAAAUUGCUGAGACUGUGACUGGAUUAGUUUAUGUUCAAGUCACAGAGGUGGAAAAGAAGCUUGGAGAGGAAGAACAAGCUGAUGGAAAGAGAACAGAGGGACCAAAGCAGACAGAGGUGCAGAAGGAGAGACACUUUGUAGAGGUGCAUGAGGUCAAUAUCGAAAGUGCAAAUGUGCAAGAAGAGGAGGAGUUAGAGGAAAAGGAAAAAAUUGAAACAGACUUGAUCGAUGAUGCUGAAGCAGGUGUGGAGUUGGAGGAUGAGAUAAAACCAAAGGAGGAAAACAGAGAGGAGGUGAAUCCAGAUUCCAAGGAGAACGACGUUGAGGUGGAGAUUGAAGGUGCAGAGUCAUGCGUGGUAACAGAGGACAAACAAGAUGAAGUGUUGUGGUCAGAGGGAAGGUUAGACAGUGCUCAAAAUGAGGCUGAAGAGGAUUUAUCUGCUCUGGUGAACAGUAAGGAGGAGGGUGUCAAUGAGAAAGAAACUGACAAAGAAAAUACAGAAGAAGGGUGUAAUCUACACUUCCACACUGAAAUCCGUCUUUGCAAGGAGGACGAUUUUCAAAGCAACACGACUGUUACACAUGACCGAUCAGAAGCUGAGGAGGGAUGCUUCACUGCAGAGGCAGCUGAGAGCAUUUUAGCAGAUGAACCUGAAAUCGACCAAACAAGUUGUGUCAGUGCUUCAUCAGAGUCGGACUCAGACGAUGAGGUGGAGCUGUACAUGCACUGUCUGAGGGCUGUUCACACAGGAGCUCAGGCCCGUAAGGACCGCGGCAAAGAUGCAGGUUUUACUGUGAGCAAAAGGCCGUCUGUUAGCCGAGGCAAACUGCUGUCCAUGCCGUCCAUCAGUGAAUCUCUGGACGAAGAACAACACCUCAGCCACCUUAAGGGGAAUGAUGAUGACGGGGAGACAGCAGCCGUCACCUCUCUGUCAGGAUCCAGUGGACAGGAAAGCAUCAACAGAAAUGUUUCACGGUGGAAAGAUAUUUUUUCCUGCAGCAAUAUCUCAAAAACAUUGUUAUACACCACCUUGUUAGUGAUAUUUUUAGUUGUGGCAUACCGUUAUGAUUUUCUUGCCUGUUUUGGCCUCUAUUUGAUAUCCGUGGUUUGGCUCUGCUGUCAAGGAGACAGGCAACCAGUUAAAAACAACAAAAUAGGCUGAAUUAGAUUCAAAGAACCAGUUUCAAUAGAGAUUUUGUUUAAAAUGGACUUCUGAGGUGCCGAAGGUGUAGAGUGUGGAAGGUAGAUUGAUGUUUUUUCUACAUGCAAUCAUAACAUUUGAUGUUUUCCUAGUUCACAAUGACAGAAAACUUAACGAGAUCAUACAAUAGUUUUUAUGGGCAUUCAUUUUGUUGCAUAUCAAUAUACUUCAGUAUGUUCCCUAUGGGAGGAUGGUAACUCUCUGUUGUCAGAGUAUGAACCAAUUUUCUUGAUGCUUUCCUGUAUAUAAAACUUGUUUCACUUCAGCCAACAGGCUGUCAAACGUUGCUCACACUGAUCAGUUCUACAGAGAGCUAAUAGUUUAUGAGGUGUAAAUAACACUUAGUAGUGUGCUGUGUGUAUGGCUGCUGCCAUAGUAUUUGUGUACGAUACAUUUAGUGUUCUUUACAAUAAAAAUAAUGAGUUAUACAACAGAGAAAAAUGUAGUGGUCUGUUUUGAUUCUACUAUUUACUGUACUAAUAGUAGGAUAGUAUUUAUAUAGUAUAGUAGU